CCUGAUGAAGCCACUUCAAAGUUACGCAGUUCGAGAUCGAGGGAGAGCGAGAGAGAUAUGGUUCUUCUGGAGAAGCUAUGGGACGAUGUUGUGGCCGGGCCACAGCCCGACCGCGGCCUCGGCCGGCUGCGCAAGCUCGCCACCAGCAAGCCUCUCGUCGUCGCAGAUGUCGGGGAAGGUGGCGAGAGCAGCGCCGGAGGGAAGUACCAGAGGUCGGUGUCGAUGCCGACGACGCCGGCGACGCCCAAGACGCCGACGACCCCGGUGUCGGCCCGCAGGGAGAACGUGUGGAGGAGCGUGUUCCACCCGGGGAGCAACCUAGCCACCAAGAAGAUCGGCGGCGAGUACUUCGACAAGCCCCAGCCGAACUCCCCCACCGUCUACGACUGGCUAUACAGUGGUGAGACCAGGAGCCAGCAUCGCUGAGGUGAGGGAGCGGUGGAGAUCGGCCCCGAGGCCAAGGCCGAGGCCCGGCGGACCGGCCAUGUACAUAUGCGGUGCCCCCCUACUUUGCUCUGUUUUCAGCAUAGCCUAAAAGCUUUGCUGCUAGUAUUGUAUGUCUUGAUGAGUGAGAGAGACUGAGAAGAGUGCUAAGACUGGUGUUGCAGUGAAGGGUAUGGCAGGCUUGUGCGAAGUAAUAAAGCAUUGUGAUGACUUAUGGUAUUUUGAAUAUACGAGUAGUAGUAAGAAA